ACACUGCCUCUAGGUGACGCGAACAAGCUUCUAACUUAGCUCUUUUCUUCAAUGCAGCCUCGGGUCUCGACUCGAGAUGUGAAGAAGAGGCAGAAGAAGAAUAAACAUAAUCACAGCCAAGUGCAGCCACGAUGUGUCACUGCCGAAAGCGUAUGUUGCAACAAUUCGUAUUAGGGCAGACUUUUGACUGCCAUCUAUUCCGAGUCAAAGUGGUCUUGCGACAGCGUCUCGGCGACAGCGUCUCGGCGACCUGCAUGUCAGCGUUGCAACGCAUAAUACCCAAAGUCAAGACAUGUCGCGCCGCUAGCCGUAGAAUAGGGCGUUACUGCAAAGUCGCCUAUUGCCUCCACAAAUCGCCGCCAAAAUCUAUCCCGAAUGGAAUGGCGGGGCGGGCCGCUUCAAGCGAUGACGCUGCUUGGCGAGUGGCCUGCCAAAGCCAGCAAAAGUGCCGACAGAGUUGGGGAUUUGGCCAUGAUCGGCAGUCACGAGCCCCCCGAUCUCGUAUUCACGACGGGUUUAACCACCACCUCUCAACUCCGUCGCCCCAUCGCCCCACCGCCCAAUCGCCCGCUCGUCAUGCUAUUCCCGUCCAACGUCCACUCUCUAGCUGCGAAUGUCGUCAACCGGCCGCGGCCGCGGCCCCAGGCGAGCAUAAAUCCCACCCGAUUUCUCAUCUCCCGACUCUCGGUCUGUCUUGGCAUCGACCCUUCCCAGCCGAGCACUAAGAACUGCCCUCUUCAGUCAGUCUCCUGGCCUGCUGCUAAUUA